UAAAUAUUAGGAUAAAGGAAGGAGAGUGUGCAGCUACGGGUUUAUGUGUUUUUUAAUGUUUCAGAUUUCUGUUUCGACUUAAAAAUUUUAAUUAACCCAUUUAAAUGAUAUAUGAAUGCCAACGCCUAAUAAUUAUAACGUUUUUUCACUUUUUAUUUUAUUGAUCGUUCAUCCGGUGUCCGGAGGUUUAUUACCAGCGAGUUAAAACAACAUGGCGGACACAGAGAGUGAUAGAGAAGUUUCCCUCAAUGAAGCAGAAAGAGAGGCUGUUCAAUCAUUCGUAUAUCAACUAAGUUUGGAAAAUGCCUUUGGCGAUGGAAUCCUGGUGUCAGAAAAAGAAGCAAUACAGUUUUUAAUGGCAAGAAAAUUUGAUGUUGGCAGAGCCAUCAGUUUGUUUCAUACAAAUAGGAUGCUUCGUGGAAGAUUUGAACUAGAAAAUCUAAAUCCAAACAUUGAGCCAUUGUCCAGUGAGCUACGUUCUGGAAAGUUUACAAUCUUGAGCGGUAAAGGUGAAAAUGGCGCAACUGUAUGUUUGUUCUACGCUAAGAAGCAUUUUCCAAGACUUGUUGAUCAUAUUACUGUCAUGAAAUCACUUGUGUACCAACUUGAUUAUGUUAUGAAAUGUACCGAUGCACAACGACAAGGUUUAUCUUUGAUAUACGACAUGGCAUUUUCUGGGUAUCAAAACUUUGAUUUUGAUCUGGCAAUGAAAGUUUUACAUCUAUUAAAGGGUGGAUAUCCUGCACGGCUGAAACAUGUGUACAUUGUUUCUUCACCGUUGUGGUUCCGAGCAUCAUUAGCUGUUCUGUCAAGUUUUCUCAAAGACAAAAUACGAGAUCGGGUUGAGGUGGUGAAGAACAAUACAGAAUUGCUGAAGUAUCUGUCGAAACAAUCCUUACCUGUUGAACUUGGUGGUUUGGUUCAUCAUGAUCAUGCAGGCUGGAUACAGCAAUGUAUAACCAGCUCUCAGAGAACACAUAAAAGUAAUGAAGCAAAUCAUACUGAAGGUCCACACAACUCUAAUAAAUACGCCAACGAAAGUCCUUACACGACAACGCCAGAAGCAGAUAACAGAGUUAUAUUCGAAGAUAUGAGUAAUCAUGAGUUACUUCCUAAUGGUGACAUUAAAAGACCAUCUCUUUCAUCCUUGGUGGACACUGAAUCUAGCGAACCAGUCAAACAAAAUACAUCACCACUGAAACCACCAAGAAAGCCAUUGCCAGCACCACCUGGGGAAAUCAUAGAAAGCGAUGAAAUUAAGGUGCCCUCUUUGCCUAAUGAAUCUAAUAAUGAAGAUGUGGAUUUUACUAAUGACGACAAUAUAGAAGAAGAAGUACAAUUAACAGAUGAUCGCUCUAGGAGUAUUGAUCAAUUGAUGCAGCAUAUGUCCAAAGUGGGACGGAAAGGUGUACAUAGAGAAUAUGAGGAACUGAGGAGUCUUCCACCGACAGGAACAUUUGAAUCGACACUGUAUACUGUGAAUCUAAGAAAAAAUCGAUACAACAAUAUUUUAUCUUUUGAAGAAACUCGUGUUAGAUUGCAAACAAUCAACAAUGAUCCUUUUUCAGAUUAUAUCAACGCGAACUAUGUGAAUGGAUAUGAUCAAGAAAAGAAGUUUAUUUGCACCCAAGGUCCCACGCCACAAACUUUUUUUGACUUUUGGAGGAUGAUUUGGGAGCAAAAAGUGGUUGUUGUCGUCAUGGUUACUAGAUGCCAAGAACGAGGACGUACUAAAUGUGGACAAUACUGGCCCAAAUAUGAAGAUGAAACAGUGACAUAUGGUCACUUGACUGUGACAAACAUUGCAUCAGAUGUCCAGCAGCAUUUUACGUCCACUUUGUUGGAGUUACAUAAUAGUAGUUUGCAAAUCACUCGUAGAGUAUGUCACAUUCAGUUCACCAGUUGGCCGGAUUUUGGUGUGCUCUCCUCCGCCGUGCCUAUAUUGGAUGCUAUUGAUUUAAUUGAGCAAUACCAACAAGAGGGUAUCGUGCAGAUUCAAAACGAACUACAACACAAUGCGCCUAAUAUGGAGGGUUCUGGUGAAUAUAUGAAUCUCACUGAUGACGCACAGGAGACAGCAUGUCACGAGAACACUGUGGACGAGGAAGGUAUUAGUCAACGUGUUUCGAGUGAGAGUGAUGUAAGUAAAAAUAUUAACGACCAAGAACAGCCAUCAAGUGUUAGUGAUGCCACGCCAUCACCACCUCCUGUUGUUGUGCAUUGCUCUGCAGGGGUUGGUAGAACGGGAACAUUUUGUUGUCUAAAUAACAGUGUAGACAGACUGAAAGCAAUUGAAACUGUGGAUAUUUUUAACGCGGUCAAGGAAAUUCGAGACCAACGCGCGUUCAGCGUUCAAACGCCCGACCAGUAUCAGUUUUGUUAUACAGGUGUUAUCGAAAGCGUUAUACGCGAUAGACGCGCUGAAGGAAUGGAUACUAGUGACCUGGAACGAUGCAUUCGGGAGUUUGUUCGAAGCGAUCUUUCGAGCGAUAGUGAUUAAGAAUAUUUUUAUCAUAGUUUUUUUAUUUUGAUUGAAUUUAAUUUAGAUUGCUUACGUCUCAAUAAUUUUACACUUUGACACAUUUUAGCAAUUAGACACUCUCCUUCGUUGAAACUUCAGUAAUUUUACACUCACCCUCGCCGAGAUUCUUUUUCUUUUUUUUGUUUCGUGGAUGAAAAGGAAAUCUAAGAGCUUAUUACCGGAGAAUAAAAUUUGUUAAAGAGAUUUUUCAGGUUUAAUAUGUUUAUUACUAACUUUGUAUUUACUGUAAAUUAGCUAUGGACCGGCUUCUUUCUGCACAUUUCUUUUUAUACUCGACGCUAUAUGACGUAGUGGUGGAUUUUUAUGUACCUAUUUUUAUGCUAACCUAUUUGUCUUUCAUUGUAAAUUUACAAUGCAGGGAAAAGCAUAUUUUCCAACCCUAUUUUAUACACCUAAACGACACAGCCUGUACUUGUAUCCAUUUUGCUGUACAAAUUUUUACCUAUUCCCGGUUUUCCGAAUUUUCCUGUAUCGAAUUCUUAGUUUAAUUAUUUUAAUUUUAAGCAUAUACGUGGAGAAUAUUUGUGCUGAAUUUAUUUAUCGGAUUUUUUCAUGUAAUUCACAUUCUAUUUUUGUAGCAAAUCAUUUAGCA